CUUUGUUCCGUUUGGCUCUCUCCUUACGGCCUCAUUCUCCUCAUAAGCUGCGCAGUAUGUAUACUUAGUCAGUCCAUCAGUGCCGACCAGGGUGUUCACCUUCCGGAAUAUUCUGCUAGCGAUAUCCACCUCAGAAAACAUGGCGAGCGUCCUAUUGAGCCGUUGCCUCAAUGGUCCUGCCCUUCGGCCAUGGUCGUCAAAAAAACUCGAGAAGUGAACCAUAUCGUGUGCCCCAUAGCCGACAACGUCUCGCACAAGCUCAAUCCAGAUCACGCACUUCGCAGCGAGAUCACUGCUGGAGUCUCCAUGAUAAGAAGGCGGAUUACCGUUACACACGAUACGUACAGCCCUAUUCCGGUCCUUUUACUCUCCUUCUAUCACAAUGAGACGGUUCGCAUCACCCAGAUGUGCUGGAAUGGCGAGCGCAACCCCAUCACUAUCCGACAAUCACGCCUGAUCAACAUUGUCUCGAAUUCAUUCAAAAGAGAGGAGAUAUACCUACUACUCCGUUGGAUGUGUUGUAUCCCGCUCCGUGAGCCCAAGGUGCGCCGCAAGCAGUCAACGACCGGAGAACCGGGUCGCCCGGCAACGCCUCUUCGUACAGGCACAGGCUCCAACUCCAGCGCCGCCUCGAAGUCGAAGCCUGCAAGUACACCAGUCGUUACCCAUCCCGCAGUGGCCAAUGCCCCAACGCCGACGGGGACACCGACGCAGAAGACAUCCGGCGCUGUCAGCAGUAACAACAGUCCUGCCCGUUCAGAAGCCCCUACAUCCGCGCGGAGAACAACCAACAAAGACACGAAUGCCAGUCCUCCUCGUCCAACCACCAACCUACCAUUGAGGCCCACUACCCCUCCUACUGCCUCUGCCCCUAGCAAGAAAGCUGCAGGCAACACCACCGCGCGCACGACCCCGGGAGGCAAUGGUGCGGCACAUCUCCCUGGCCACCACGCCACUUCUCUGGGUGACAAUAGUCCUCCCAGGGCGAAGAGCGCCCCUUCCGCUGCCAAGCAAAUUGCCGGCUUGCCAGUGCGAGGUGGCAGUACCAGUGGCAAUGGUGGCACAAGCAGCAAUGCCGGUGUGUCCCAUGCGAAGCAUUAAGAACCUGAUUCCAGAUCCAUGUCAAACAAGCGCGGAUUUUGAAUGGGGAGGAUGGAGCCGGGAGUGGCUGGCUGACUGGCGUUCCGGUGUUGUGAUAAGGCGUUAUUGUGCGGAGGCCCUUGGUAUCGUUUUUAACCCACCAAGAUCGUUGAUAACACUUUGUAGUUAGAGAUUGUCUGUCUGUCUUGAUCAUCAUACGCAUCACACCUCCCCCCUCUCCCUUCCCCCGGGGCCGUUUCCCCCCCCCCCCCCCCCCCCCCGGCAACAUUCACAGAACUUGAGCGGAGGAUGUUGUGUAUUAAGCAAUGGUCCGUUACCUAUGAUUAAUGAGCCCGGGGUAUUAAAACCCCGAUUCCACAGGAAUAUUUGUGCACGUCAAGCUCUCCUUGAGGAUAGAUG